AGUCCACGUGGCACGCCGGCCAGCGCGGAGCAUUGUGGGUCGGAGGAGAACGAGCGGAGCAUCAUCAGCACCGGCGGCCGGACCGGGACGCCUGAGAGCGGAUAGAAGCUGCGCCGGAGCAGACAUGGGACACGGAGACCUGAUGAGCCAGGCGGAGGACGUUGCGGACCAGUUCCUGCGGGUCACCAAACACUACCUGCCCCACGUGGCCCGGCUCUGCCUGGUCAGCACCUUCCUGGAGGACGGGGUCCGGAUGUGGUUCCAGUGGGCGGAGCAAAGCGAGUACAUCGACGCCACCUGGAGCUGCGGACGCUUCCUGGCUAACAUGUUCGUAUUCAUCAACCUGAUGGGGCAGCUGGGUGGUUGUGUGUUGAUCCUCAGCAGGAACUUUGUCCAACACGCCUGUUGUGGUCUGUUCGCCAUCAUCGCUCUGCAGACGGUGGCGUACAGCAUCCUGUGGGACCUGAAGUUCCUCAUGAGGAACCUGGCUCUGGGCGGAGGUCUUCUCCUGCUCCUGGCUGAGUGCAGGUCUGAGGCUCGCAGUGUUUUUGCUGGAGUUCCUUCUCUGGGACACCAGAGCUCUCCAAAGCACCUCCUCCAGCUGGGAGGUCGGGUUCUCCUGGUUCUCAUGUUCAUGACGUUGCUGCACUUGGACCUCAGCCUGCUGACGGUGCUGCAGAACCUGGUGGGCACUGCGCUGAUGGUUCUGGUGGCGGUGGGCUUUAAGACCAAGCUGGCGGCGCUGACUCUGGUGUUCUGGUUGUUCUGCAUCAACGUGACCUUCAACGCCUUCUGGAAUGUUCCGGCCCACCGACCCGUCCACGACUUCCUCAAGUACGACUUCUUCCAGACCACCUCGGUGAUUGGAGGUCUGCUGCUGGUGGUGGCCCUGGGGCCCGGGGGGGUCUCCAUGGACGAGAAGAAGAAGGAGUGGUGACCAGGAGGACCUCCAGCUUCUAUUUAUUACCCCUCUGCUCUCAGAGCAACCAAUCAGAGCUCAUAUUUCAUAUUUCUACUAACUGACCUUUGAUUCUGUGAAGAACCAGAACGUCUGAUUUUAUGGAUCCAGGUUCUGCUGCAGUGACGGAGUUGUUCCUGCAGGAGGCGCUGUCUGCUGCUUUACUUCCUCGGUUCUGUUUUUAUUUGUUCUUCUGUUUGUGUCUCUGAGUGGAAAUCUUUUUCUAUCGUAUUUUUGUAGAACAUGUUUAAUAAACUGCAGCAUUAAAAAGAA